AUGCCAAUGGGGAAUGCAGGUACCAAAGAUACUGGAAAUGAGUCUUACGACAUCAAGGCCAUUUCCACCCACUCGAAGUCAAUAGACAGACCAUCGCAAGAUCGACGCGUGCGGGAGGCGCAAGAUGCGGGAUAUGAUUCACCAAAGGGUUAUUCUCGACUCGAUCAAGGCACUGCGCCGGCGCCGAGACAAAACACGGAUGGAAACCAUUUGAGACAAAGUCAACCUCUAGGAUAUGCGAAUAGCGGAGAGCAAAAUGCACGCCGUCGACCUUCUAAAACCGAUAGCGAUUAUGAUAUUCCAGAUGAUUAUGCCAAUCUAGAUGAACUUGCCACACCAUCGCUGGUGGAAAAUCCUCAUGACGUUCCGACAUAUCAACAUAAAUCUUUAGAGGAGGCUAAAGAUGAAGAGCAAGGAUACGAACAGGGGCGUAGAAGACAGGAACAGCGUAAACGAGAUAGUAUUGCUAGAGGAGAAAGACCACCGGAAGAGGAGAAGAAAAGUACCAGUCCCCCAAAGGUCUCAAAAUUCGCGACACAGUUAUAUACCAUAUCGUAUCUAAUAUUAUUUUCAAUAUUUGGAACAUUGGCUAGACUAGGUCUCCAAGCCAUUACCUUCUACCCCGGAGCCCCCAUUAUUUUCAGCGAGCUAUGGGCAAAUGUCGGCGGAAGUUUAUUCAUGGGGUUUCUAGGUGAAGACAGGAUGUUAUUUAGGGAAGAAUGGGGAACCGCUACCUACCACCACAAAAUUCAAGAAUGGAAAGCCAAAGUUAAAGAUGAAGAAAAUGCAGGCUCACUAGCUGUAGAACAACAUCCCGAUUUACAGGCCGCCAAAAAAGCACAUGCUGCAACGAAAAAGACCAUUCCUUUGUAUAUAGGUCUGGCAACAGGCUUUUGUGGUAGUUUUACAUCCUUUUCAUCGUUUAUUCGAGAUACUUUCUUGGCGCUUUCAGAUGAUUUGCCGAGUCCCCUGAACCAUCCUCAGGAUUAUAGUCCGAUUAUGGCUAGUACAACGAGUACCGUGAGUCGAAAUGGAGGAUACUCUUUCAUGGCGACAUUAGCUGUUAUCAUUACGACUGUCUCAUUAUGUUUGGCAGCGUUAUUUUUCGGCACUCAUCUUGCUAUAUUCCUAGAACCAUAUACACCGAGUUUAUCAUUUCAUAAGUCUCGCAAGUAUCUAGAUCCUUUUGCGGUAUUCUUAGCAUGGGGUUGUUGGCUGGGUGCUAUAUUUCUGGCUAUCUUUCCACCGGAUAGAAAUGAUCCACCGCCUGAGAUAUGGCGAGGUCGCGCGGUUUUUGCCCUGAUAUUCGCACCUAUAGGUUGUCUAGCCCGUUUCUACGUCUCUCUUUACUUAAAUGGCAAAAUCUCUUCAUUUCCACUGGGAACAUUUGCAGUCAAUAUGUUUGGGACGGCAAUGAUGGGUAUGGUGUAUGAUUUACAACAUGUACCUUUGGGAGGUGUAAUUGGAUGCCAGGUUUUACAGGGGAUAGAAGAUGGGUUUUGUGGAUGCUUGACCACGGUUAGUACGUGGGUAGUGGAGUUGAGCUCGUUAAGGAGGAGCCAUGGUUAUAGAUAUGGGUUGGCGAGUGUAAUUGGGGGAUUGGCCUUGAUGGUGGUAAUUAUGGGGAGUUUUAGGUGGACGCACGGGUUUGAGGGGUUGGUGUGCACGCAUUAG